CAACUCGAAAACUUUUUCUUGAUCCUCCAGUUCCGGACGAAUCGUACGCCAGUGAGGUUGGCUAUUAAGCGUUUUCAAGAGAAAUUUUUUGUAUUCGUUUGUUUUUUGACAUUGGCUUCCAUACCUCAAAUGUAAAAUUAUUCAAACACGGACAUUUUUAAUAAAAGAAAAAGAAAUUUCAAAAAUGUAACUAUCCUCAAGUGAAAUUGAUAUAGAAAAAUUGAGUAGAUUUUUUUAAUUAAAAGUGCAGACAGCCAUAUUUGUGUGUGAGAAAAAAAAAAGAUAAUUUCUCUUCUCCUUUUUUGCUUGCAACACCCAUUUUCGCGCAGCCAGCAUCCACCUGAAAGGAUUCUUGAACCUUUUUGUGAGAUGUGAGAGUAAAAUUUGGGAUAAAAAAUCAUAUACAAGAGAGCGAGAGAGAUAAAAAUAUUCCCCAACUUGCUUGAUGAAGGGAUGCAAAGAUACAAAAGUAUCUCAACUUUAUGUAUAUUUUUUGAGUUUUUCGCAUUUCUGCUGAAUCCUUCACAAAUUGUAGUUUAUACUAACCGAACCGAGUGCAGGUGGUGCAACUAUUUUUGAAUUGAGAUUAGUUGUCCUUAAAACAAAACAAAAUAAAUAGAAUACAAAAUACAUAUUUUCCCCCAAAAAAAUAAAUGUGUGCAAUAUACAGCAUCCUUUCGGGGGUCCUUUAUCAUUGUGUGUGGUGCAUAUAAUACGUGAGCAAAAUGUAUCUGUGAAACCGACCAUAAGGAAUAAAAAAAAAAAAAAAAAAAUUGUGAAUAAAUUAUACGAUUAUCCUUGUCAGGAUAUACCACAACCAACGAGUGAAAAACAAAAGAAUUUACCAUUCUAAUUGAAAAUACAUUAAAAAUAAAUAUAAAAAAAAGAUACAAAAAAACAAUAUAUCUAUAACACAAAGACAAACAAGAACCAAACCAUCAUCAAUAGAGGAUUAAGAGGAUAUCAAGGAUAUAAUAGAUUUUGACCCAACAUCACUUAACCCACACCACCACCUGUGUGAUGUUAUUCGGCGUUCAAAUUGACAACGACAAGUGUCGUCGAGAACGCGAAUCAAAUCGUUUGCCUGGUUCCCGCUUAGAUUUGCCAAGUUUGUGCAAUGCCAGCAAUUCAACGCGUUCAACAGCAGCCCGUUGUAUUGAUUCACAUAAUAACACAGUUAUGACUCAACUAAGCCCGCAACCGCCAAAUAGCAAUAGCAAUAACAAUAAUAAUAAUUUAGGAUCGCCUAUAUCAUCGACAACAACAACUGCCUCAUCACAUACAACAUCUGGUGGAUCGGGUAUGAUGACAGCAAUGUCUGCCAAAUCAAAUGGAUCUUCGUCGUCAUCGAGUAGUGUGGAUGGAAAGGGCGCUAGCAGGCCAAUGACACCAUCAGAACUGAUUAAAAAGUACAAUAGCUACUUGACAGAAAUGGAAUUCGAUGAGUUGAAAAUUUACAAGGAGAUUUAUUAUUUUGGCCAAUCGGCUAAUAAAGUUGCCUAUGUGAAACCAUCAACGAAUCCAAAUUCUGGUUAUGAUGAUGAAAAUGGAAAUUAUAAAAUCGUUGAACACGAUCAUAUUGCCUUUCGUUAUGAAAUCCUUGAAGUAAUUGGCAAAGGAAGUUUUGGGCAAGUUAUACGUGCACUGGACCAUAAGACAAAUACACAUGUAGCCAUAAAAAUUAUACGAAAUAAAAAACGAUUUUUAAAUCAAGCCGUUGUGGAACUUAAUAUAUUGGACGAACUGAGAGAAAAAGAUGCCGAUGGAACGCAUAAUGUUAUACACAUGUUGGAUUAUACGUACUUUCGAUCGCAUUUGUGUAUUACAUUUGAAUUGAUGAGUUUAAAUCUUUACGAACUGAUUAAGAAAAACAACUACCAGGGUUUCAGUCUGAGCUUAAUAAGACGGUUUUGUAAUUCGAUUGUUAAGUGCUUAAGACUUUUAUACGAGGAAAAUAUCAUACACUGUGAUCUCAAGCCCGAAAAUAUCUUACUAAAACAACGUGGGAGUAGCUCAAUCAAAGUCAUUGACUUUGGCAGUUCAUGUUUUGUAAAUCGAAAAGUCUACACAUAUAUUCAAUCGAGGUUCUAUCGAUCCCCAGAGGUUAUACUUGGUUUGGCCUAUGGAACCGCCAUCGAUAUGUGGAGUCUGGGUUGCAUUCUUGCCGAACUCUAUACUGGCUUCCCACUCUUCCCCGGCGAAAACGAAGUCGAACAACUAGCCUGCAUCAUGGAAAUCUUGGGUCUGCCCCCAGAGGAUCUAAUUGCCAGUGCAACUAGACGUCGUUUAUUCUUCGAUUUCCGUGGAAAACCUCGCUGCAUCACAAAUUCCAAGGGACGCAAACGUCGUCCCGGCACUCGUUCCCUCUCGCAAGUUCUCCCCUGUUCCGAUCGCCUCUUUGUCAAUUUCGUUCGAGGCUGCCUAGAAUGGGAUCCCGCGAAGCGUAUGACUCCCGAUGAGGCAGCCCAUCACGAAUGGCUACAACUUAGCUCAACAUCAUCGUCAUCAUCAUCAUCGUCUUCAUACAAAGUGUCAAAACUAGGAAGUGUACAUCAGACUAAAUAUUAUAACAUAUCAUCGCCGCAAAAUGCAAUCGCCAACAACAAUAACAACAACCACUCAAAUAACAGUAACAAUAAUAAUAAUAAUAACAGUAAUUCGAAAAGCCAAAGAACAUCAAUGACCACAUCAACGUCUAAUCCACAACCAACAAUCCUGCCCGACAUUAAGAUCUCCUCAAGCAACAAAUACGGCAGCAUGCAAAAGAUUGCCGUUCGCUCCAAGAUCACCAAUACCGGUCUGACGUCAUCGGUGUCCGAUCUCGAAUCAGUGCAACAGUAUUCCUUGCAUCGAAUGUAUCAUCAUCAACAUGGCGACGGUGGCGGUGGCGGUGCCAGGCAUCAUGCUGAGCCCUCAAUGACCAUGAGCACAUCGGCCAGUCAUAGGAAACUGCUGACAACAAGCGGCACCAUUGCUCAUUCGUCAAAAUACAGUAUUUCGACAAAUAAUAAUUCAAUGGCUGCUGCAGCGGCAGCAGCAUCAGCAACAGCUAAUGCCAAUAUGUCACACUCGCAAAGUACCGGCGAUGUGUCGACGAUUUUUGGGCGAGCAUGACGCGUACCACGGCCCACAAAGUUGGAGCUCAAGAAAUGCAAACUAGUCAACAUGGUGGAUUUGUGGAGCUAAAAGUAAUGAAAUAGUUGAGCGCGCAUGUUGCAUGAAUGGCAUAGACGGAGGCAGCCAUUAAGAGUGUGGAAUCUAUGUGGAACGUAAUGUUUCUGUUUUAUUUUUUUCUAAAUUUAUUUUUACCUAUCUUCUCCCUGUACACAUGAACAUACACAUUUUUUACCAUCAAUUUACAUAAAAACAAACAAAAUCAUAACUAGACUAGAAUAUUUUAUUUUUUAAAACAAAAAACAUGUUAGUCGAAUUUAAACAAAAAAAAAACUUAAAUAUUAACAAUUUUAUUUUAUUUACUAAAUAAAUGAUUUUUUUUUACUUUAUUUUCUAAGUGUGACAACAUGAGAUCAUUUUCUUCCAUUAUUCAAUCAAAACAAAAUAAUAAAAAACUACAUAACUUCCGUUUCU